AUGCACAGAAGAGUGAAAGAGACAAAUGAAGACGACGAAGUACGGAAGGACUUCACCCGCCGGAGAUCACGACUGAGAUUAUUAGUCUCCGAGUACCUCGACGAAGCGACAAUGGAGCUUCCGUUACUCUCUUACACCAACUCAGCCUCGUUUUCUCGGACAGGCUUAUGCUCUUCUUCCUCUUCAUCCUCCUCCUCAACUAGUAUUAGUGACUUCUUGGAGAGAAAAAGGAUCUUGAGAAUGACAUUCAAUGGUGGAGAAACGUCAAGAAGCGUUAAAGCUUCCGCUGGACGAAGCAGUGAAGGUAUCGAGAAGACAGACGGCGGCGGAGGAGAAGCAAGACAGUUCGCUCUGGUCCUGCCAUGGAGGUCACUACACUUGAUCGUGGCCAGUUCCAUAGGAGAAGAGCUCUUUUACCGUGUUGCUGUGCAGGGUGCUCUGUCCGAUAUGUUCUUGAGAGGAACACAACUGAUGACAGAUUCUAGAGGCAUGGCAGCUCUGACCGGAGUCUUUCCUCCAUUUGUACCAUUUGCUCAAGCAUUUGCAGCUGUGAUCACCGCAACAUUCACAGGCUCCCUCUACUUUCUUGCUGCUUCUCCCAAAGACCCGAUAUACAUUGUUGCCCCAGUCCUCAGAUCACGCCGAGAUGAUUUUAAGAAGCUUUUGUCAGCUUGGUACGAGAAGAGACUUAUGAAGAAGAUUUACUAUCCUCUCCUUGAAGGACUAUUAUCCCUCUACCUUGGUGUUGAAUGGGUUCAGACGUAUAAUAUUUUAGCGCCCAUGAUGACGCAUGGUAUAUACUCGGGGGUAAUAUUAGGGCAUGGGCUGUGGAAAAUUCACGAUCACCGUAGAAGGUUACGUCGGAGAAUUGAACGGAUUAGGUCGGAGACCACUGAUGAGCAGUUUUAAAUCGUAUAUAGAUAUAGAUUUUGAUUAGUUGGUGGAUUUGUGUGUAUUUUUUUGGUAUGGGGUCGUAUUACUAUUAGAGAAAUUAGGUAGGACCUCUUCCAUAAAAUUUAGGCAUACAUAUACACAAGUAUAUAUAUAUAAGCUUGUGUUUGUGAGUUUUAAUAAACUUAAGUCUCUUUGAGAGUUUCUCCAAUGUACACCUCUAUUUUUUCCUCUAAAAUAGAAAAACUCUGAGGUGGAUUUG